GGUUUCCAAAUAUAACACUCGGGGGAGUAGAGACUUGUAGCAGGCCUAUUAUUGUCAGUAACAAUAACUAGGCUUGUUUUUUUAACUAAGAGUAAACGUCUGGGAGGUCGUGACGCUUUACCAACACUCCGCUAACCUCGUCUAAGAAUGCAGCUUUUCAGGUGAAGCGAGUAACCAAAGCAAAAACUGAGUUCAGUGGGUCUAUUUGUAGUAGCAUUAGCAUAUGAGUUAGCAGCCAGAAAUCUCAGCGCAGACUCCGUUACCUUGUCAACUAACACCAACUGAAACUGCCUCCUAACAACGAGGAAAUACAAGCCGCCAUACUCAAGUUGAUGUGGGUGUAAAGGCUACUUCACCAGCUGCUCGGGUGUCCAUUAAAACCUCCUCAGUUAGUUGACUUCCACCUCAGAUGAUGAAAAGCAAUGUCGACUGAUAUUAGAUCAUACAUAACCUUGGGAAACAAGGGACAUACCAUCUGUGUGCUACCCGACCUCUCCUGCGAUCAGUUGAACGAUGAUUUAGACCUGAAUAAAUCCUUCCCAGGUACUCAGACACCGAGCAACAGCAAAAGUUUUGUUGCUUUGCAGCAUCGCGAUUAUCCUGAUUUCAUUACAGGUGAGCCUUUGGAUGUUUGCACUACAAUGGCAACAAAAAAACAUUGUUUACUUCCUGGCUCCCAAGUUUCUAUUGACUCCUUUCCAAAUUCUUCCACUGAAUCUGAGGAAAGCUUCAUCAAUCUGGUUAUUUCUGGAGACUUUGCUCUGUCAGAACAUCCAUCUGCCAUCAACCCUAACAAAGUUGUUCUUGUCGUCUCCCACAAAACAACUGAGAUUUUAUCAGCGAAUGACCAGGCGCUCAAACUGUUUGAAUGUUCCACUGAGGAUCUGGUUGGAAAGAAAUUGUCUUCUGUCUUAAAGAAAACGACUCAAGUUUUGGAAGAAUCACUGGAAGAAGAUUAUCAGCUUGCAGAUGGAACUGUUGCUAUUGUGUCUGGAAAAGUGGUGGAUGCUGUGACAUUAUCUGGAGAGGUACCAGUAUCAGUGUGUACCCACAGGCAGUCAGAAAACGAAGACCGGCUUAUCAUGAUGGAAUGUGUGGAGAGGAUAUCCUCCUUUGUGUCCUUUUCCCAAGAUGGCUCCAUCCUAAGCUGUGACUUGGCGUUUGCUUGUCUCCAUGGAUAUCACAACCCCGAGGAGCUGAAAGGAGUGUCUGUAAAGGAGCUAAUCCCAUCUUUACAAAUCCCCGUCUACAGUCAUGCGUUGCCGAAAAUGCUGAGGGUUCAGAAGGUGUGUGGGAGAAGCACAGGAGGUGCAUCUGUCCCACUCUAUGUGAAACUUCAGGGGGCAGCGCUGUGUGGGAAACCCCAAUACCGCCACAGCGAUGGCGGCACCUUGUCAAGACACGGCUCCCAUCUCAUUUCUCCUGUGAACAACAUGAGACUUUCAGAUCAUAAGAACUUCAAAGAAGCUCUAACUAAAGAGGAAUCUUCAGAAGACAGAUUUGACCACAUUGUCUCCUGUCCCAUACCAACGCCAGAAUACUCUGCAACUGUCUGGGCGUUCGCUCCUUUGAGCGGCCUUCUGCUCCUGUGGCCAGAUGGCUCAAUCUUCAGCAUUCACAACCAUCUGGCCCUCAGAUUGUUUGGGUACAGCAAGGACGAGCUCAUAGGAAAGAGUGCCGCUUUUCUGAUGCCCGGUUUCUAUGAAUGGAUGACUGGCCCGGACAAAAAGGCUGACGCUGUUUCUGGCACUCGCGUAGAGCUGGACAAAAGUCCAGCCAUGUCCAAAAUAUCAGAAAAUUAUGAUCCUUCGUCCUUGGUGGCUGGAGACAUGGGAAUGGUGCAGCAGGCUAUCCUGAAAAGAAGUUCCACAGGAAGAGGCAGGAUCUUUACUGGAACCAGCUCCAGGCUGGAGAAUCAAGGCAGUGCCAUGUCGACAUUCUCUCUUCCUGCAGUUACCUCCACACAUCUGGUCAUGGCCAAUAAUACUGCAGAGCUGAUUGAGGAAGCUACCCGGGCGGCUCCCGGCAGUGAGCCGCUGGAUAGUGCAGAUACCACCCAAGCUCUCCUUAAGACAUUCGCCUGGGUGGAAACUCCAGAUGAAGACACCUGCUGCUUGAUUUCCACUGAGUCGUCCAACCAGAACAGAGAUAAGCAGCUGCUCAAUGUGAUUCAGCAAAAUAUUGCACCUGCGGUCAAGAUUACGCCAGAUACACCCAUACAGGAUGAGAGAGCAGGUGGCAGCUGUAAUGAGGCGAGAAAAGAUCAUCGCUCAUGUGCAGCGGUCCUCCAAGAGUCGAGCUUUGAGAUCAUUUCAGUGGACAGCAGAUCAUCAUCUGGUUUCUCUGACAAGUUUGCUGGCCGUCUUAGUCGUGAUGCUGCCCCGGUGAACGAGUCUAAAUCAGCUCAUCUGUUGGACUCAGCCAGCUGCUUUGUGAACAUCGACUGCAACGGAGAUGCUGUGACCUGCUCUCUGGCAGAGCUGGAUCUGAGCGAUGACAUGGAGGUGCUCAGCAUCCGAGAUUACACCGGUGAUUGCCUUCGCUCUGUGGCACCCUGUGAUACAGCCGAGCUUCUACGGACGCCCUCUCCGGGUGUGGCAGAAUCAGAGCAGAAAGUGGAGAGCGCUGGUGCUGCGGUGAAGGCCGAGCUUGGUUUGAGCGAAGAGCAGGAUCAGUGGGGAGCGCUCUCUUUGAUUCAUAAAGGAAAGAGCCAAGAGUGUGGAGUACAGGCAAAUAGUUUGUCCGACAUGCCUGCCACAUCAACACCGAAAAAACAGACAGUGAAUGGACAAGCCGUGACCUCAAACAUUACUCAGACGCUAGAGGGACAAUUUGUAGGAAGUGGAUACCACAGAGACGGCACAAGAGUAGAUGUGCAGUGUGACGUUUGCAGGACUAACCUCUCUGAUGGACGCUUCAUGUUCUGCGUGUGGAUAAAAAGAUCGAACCAGCAGGGGGCACUGUUGCAAACUGAGCCUUCACUUCACAACCAUUCAGGAGCUAGCCCAGGAACUAGGUCUGGUGAGGCCGGUGAAGGAGAACCGCUGCGCUCCACUCUGGACCUGGAGCAUUCUCGAGCUUGUGACGGGCAGUUUGAAGAAGAAUACCAGCCAAUCAAAUCUGUGGGGAAGGGAGCAUUUGGGUUUGUCUGGAAGGCAAUAAGACGCUGCGAUGGACAAGAAGUAAUUGUGAAGUUUAUUAGCAAAGCAAGAAUAAUGAGCGAGUGCUGGGUAGAUGACCCCAUGUUGGGAAGAGUGAGCCAGGAGAUUGCCAUAUUAACCAGAGUUCAACACCAUAACAUUGUCAAGGUAGCAGAGGUGUUUGAGAAUGGAAGCUAUUUCCAGAUGGUGAUGGAGAAACAUGGAGAUGGUUUGGAUCUUUUUGAAUUCAUAGACAUGCAACCAAGACUGGAUGAGCCCCUGGUCAGCUACAUCUUUAGACAGAUUGUGGCAGCUGUUUUCUACUUGAGGGCAAAGAACAUCAUUCACAGAGACAUAAAAGAUGAAAACAUCAUAAUUGAUAAGUGCUUUCACAUCCGAUUGAUAGACUUUGGCUCUGCGGCCAUUAUGUCUCCUGGGAAGCUGUUCUAUAAUUUUUGUGGGACGUUGGAGUACUGCUCCCCAGAGGUGCUUCAGGGAAAUGCCUAUGAGGGACCAGAGCUGGAGAUGUGGUCUUUGGGGGUUUUGCUCUACACUCUGCUGUUCAGUGAGAACCCGUUCUGUGAUGUGGGUGAAAUCCUUGAUGCCAAACUUCGGCCUCCAUUCCCCCUGUCUCCAGAGCUUCACGGUAUUUUGCAAGGCCUGCUGCACCCUAAUCCUGCAAAGAGGAUGACUUUAGACCAGCUUCUGUUGCAGUCGUGGAUCAGCCAGCCCAUUUCCCUGGUUGAAUACAGUUGGACUGAGGUGGUUCUUGCAUCUCAGAGCUUCUGUUCGCCACAGAAUCAGGAGCCAAGUCCCACUGCAUACGCGGGACAGAGCUUGUUCCCAGAUUAUGGCGAUGGGACUCUGUCGGAGGAAGAUGAGGAUGAGAAUCAGUCAAUGGCGGCCCUGGAAACUGAGCUCCAAAAAUACCUUUUUGGAGAUUGAAGACUAAAUUUGAAGCAGCAGAAAUCUUAACUGCCUGACAUUUUGUAAUAUGAAUAUCUAAGUUACAAAACAAGAAAAGAUAAGCUUUUAGAAGGGAAAUCUGGUAGACCAAAUUUUAAUUUUUUUUAGUAAAAAGUUUUUAAUCAUUGGCUCAUCGCAAUUUUCCUCCAGUGAUAUUUUAUGAUCUAUUAUGGAGAAGAAGAUAUAAAGUCAAAGAAUUUUGAUAAGUAAAAAUUCUUCGACUCAUCAUUUGAUUUCAUAGUCCAAAGUUGGUUUAGAUAUAUAUUUUUCUUUUCUUUUUAUUGCUGUAGCAUUGUGUGGAUAGAUUCCCAACUUUCUAUUUUUUCAUUAAUUUAUUUUUUGAAUCGCAACUUUCUAAUAAGAAUUUUAAUCUUGAUGUUUAGAUAUUUUAAUUGCAUAUAAAACAUAUAAACACUUUUUAUAUUUAUUUUUAAGCAUCAAUAAAUGUUUUU